AUGACUCGGCCACGCCCAGACAGGCCUUACGAAGGCACAGUAACAAUUCACACAGAGCUCAGUCCCAUGGCCGCAGCAAUAUAUGAUGCCGGGAGAUCUUCAGAGGAAGAAGUUAUCCUAACGCGAAUGAUUGAAAAGAUUAUUCGAAGGAGUGAGGCCGUUGACAGAGAAGCUUUGUGUAUUCUCGCCGGACAGCAGGUGUGGGCGUUACGCCUUACUAUUCAUGUGCUCUCGGAUGAGGGGAAUAUGCUAGACUGCGCUUGCCUCGCAGCUGUCACGGCCUUAAGACAUUUUAGACGACCUGAUGUAGAAGUAGUUGGAGACGAAGUCAUCAUUCACGAUCCCGAAGAGAGAGCACCCGUGCCCCUAUCUCUUCAUCAUACCCCAUAUUGUGUAUCGUUUGCAUUCCUUGAUGAAGACCUUCCGGUAUUAGAUCCAAAUCACCUCGAAACGCAAAUAUCACUAUCAUCGUUGAGCCUCGCUCUCACUCCUGCAAGAGAGUUGUGUACAGUUCAAAAAGCUGGAGGAUUAGCCCUUGACGCUGACGAAAUGCUUCGUUUGGUCGAUAUCGCUGCAGGUCGAGCAAAAGAGCUAAACUCUCUAGUUGAAAAAAGAUUAAAAGAGGACUUAGCCAUGCGUGUAAUUGAGAUCCGAUAA